ACUGCUAUCGAAUGCUCAGCCCACAAAGACAAAUAGUAUUGGAGAGGCAGGGCAGAGGUGCAGAUGAAAAGAGCCUGGAGAAACUAUUGCUUUAAGCUCUGAAAUACAACUACCAGACCUCCAAAACAAAAAUGAAUGGACAGAAGCAGUGGACACGGGUGGCAAUAGCACUCCUGGUGCUUACAGUGAUUGCAGCUGAAGGAGGCAAAGCAGAAAAACAAGGAAAGAAGGAACGCAAGUCAGACUGUGGGGAUUGGCAGUGGAGUGUGUGCGUAGCCAACGAAGGGGACUGUGGACUCGGCACCAGGGAGGGAACACGCACCGGCACUGACUGCAAGCAGACCAUCAAGACCCAGCGCUGCAAGAUCCCUUGCAACUGGAAAAAGAAGUUUGGAGGUGAAUGCAAGUACGACUUCCAGGCCUGGGGGGAGUGCGAUCUGGCAACGGGCAAGAAGAACAGAACGGGAGUGCUAAAGCGAGCGCUCAUGGACGCGACCUGCGCCGCCACCGUCACAGCCACCAAGCCUUGUGGGAAAAUCCCUAAAACCAAGCUGCAAGAGUGGAGAGGCCAUAAAGCAGAAAGAAGAGCCAUGCACUGUGCCUCCUGUCAUGGCAGCCAGAUGCAAAGAAGCAAAAGAAGGAAGGCAAGAAGCGAGAGCGCACCCAAAUGGCUGAUGAGCUUGUUUGAGCCGGUGAAGGAGGAAGAAGACACCGGAACAGACGGCCCUAUUUCAACAUGGUUCCUCUUUACGUGUCCUGUAGGUUGACUGUAGGAGCCCAUAUAGCUUUGACAAAAAAUCAGUCAGAAGAUGACUCUUAGUGACCACGUUUUACUUUUUUCUUCUUUCUAGCACCUGAGGAGAAAGACUUGUAUGUUGCAAUAGAGGAUGUAAUACAAUAGAGAUAAAUAAUCAGAUUUAAUUAGUAGCAUUCCCACUUAAUGAUGUUAUGUCUAGGAUUAUUUUCUUAAGGGCAAAUUGCUUAGGAUUUGUCUUACAGUUUCACAUAGCAUAACCCUAAUUUGGAAAACUCUUUGAUCCAUGCCCAGACUUAAUAAGUCGGUUUGUUAAAACUGAAGCUAUGAAAAUGUUUACUCAAUUAAUUUGAGCAAAAAAAAAAAAAAAAAAAAAAGUCAUGAAUUUGCAAUUUGUGGCUCACUUUAAUUAUAAUUCUUUUUCUUCCUGUCAAAUAGCACCGAAUAAACAUAAGAUAGUUUUUUUUUUCUCCUGCUGCUCUGUUGUACCUCAAUUUAUACUCACUGGUUGUAACUCUCCAUCUCUCGGUUGUAAAAAAAGAACGGAAAAAAAAAAAAAACGAGUCCCCACUGUGGUAGCCCUUCGAGUUAACAUCCUCUUUGUUUCCUGGUACAUUUCCAAAAGUUAAAAAUGAAUAAAAUAAAAUUCAAAGUUAGAAAACA